AUGGGCUUGCAAACCACCGCCCCACCACCGCCGACCACCGUAUGUGUGACCGGAGCCGCCGGCUUCAUCGGCUCAUGGCUGGUCAUGAGGCUCCUCGAACGUGGGUAUAUUGUUCGUGCAACAGUUCGCGAUCCCGGGAACAUGGAGAAAGUAAAACACCUAAUAGAAUUGCCAAAUGCAAAUGCAAACUUGACAUUGUGGAAGGCAGACAUGAACAUACAAGGAAGCUAUGAUGAAGCAGUCCAAGGUUGUAAUGCAGUGUUUCACAUGGCUACACCAAUGGAUUUUGAAUCUCAUGACCCUGAGAUAUUACAGAAUGAGGUUAUAAAGCCAACAGUAGAUGGUAUGUUGAGCAUAAUAAGAUCAUGUGCCAAAGCCAAAACAGUGAAGAAAUUGAUCUUCACAAACUCAGCUGGGACAUUGAAUGCCGAAGAACACCAAAAACCAGUCUACGACGAAACCAACUGGAGUGACCUGGAUUUCAUAUACUCCAAGAAAAUGACUGGAUGGGUU